AUGCCUUCGUUCAUCAGUCUCACUAUUGGCGCGUUAAGCAUCGCUGCUUUCGCUACCAAUCCUCGAGCUUUAUCCCUUAGCGAAGUCUGUACCGCAGCGUUCGUCACCCCAUCAGUGCCUGCAGAAAGUUUUUUACCCGGUAUCACUAUCGACAAGUCCUCAGUCACCACGGCACUCGUGACAAACUAUACCGGGUCAAACGAUUGGUACAUCACUCAAAGCAUAUCUUACUGUAAUGUCACGUUUGCCUACUCGCAUAACGGCAUCCAAGACGAUCUAGUCUAUGUCAGUUUCUGGGUUCCUGAGCCUGACAAGUUCGAGAACCGGUACGUGACGACGGGAGGCAGUGGACUCUCUAUCAAUGCGGGCGCUGUCUCGAACCCUACCGGCAUCAUUGUUGGCGCAGUAUCUGGAUACACGGACGGCGGAUUUGGUGGCUUCGAUUCCUCGUGGGAUAAAGUGUUUCUCCUUGCAAACGACACUAUCAAUUGGCAGUCGGUUUAUAUGAUGGGCUACCAGGCUCACUGGGAGCUCGCUACUCUAGGUAAAGAGUUCACCAAAAACCUGUUCAAUGUUUCAGAUAAGGUCUACUCCUACUAUCAAGCAUGCUCCGAGGGCGGCCGCGAGGGCUGGAGCCAGCUUCAACGGUUUGCCGAUCUGUUCGACGGUGCGACGAUCGGUGCGCCAGCGCUACGAUAUGGCCAACAGCAGGUCAAUCAUUUGACCGCGGCUAUCACCGAACAGACUCUGAACUACUAUCCAUCACCCUGCGAACUCGAAAAGAUUGUCAACCUUACCAUCGCUUUUUGCGAUCCUUUGGACGGACAAGCCGACGGGGUUGUGUCACGAUCUGACUUGUGCAAAUUGAACUUCAACGUCAGCAGUGCCAUUGGCGAGCCUUUUUACUGCGCCGCUUCUUUAGGAGGUUCGUCAGGUCCAGACAAACGCCAGAUUGGUGGUGGGAGCACCACUCCAGAGCAGAACGGAACAGUCACAGCCCAAGGCGCGCAGCUUGCACAGACACUCUGGAACGGCCUCCACGACUCCAAGGGGCGACGCGUGUACAUUUAUUACCAGCCAGGCGCUGAUUUCGGCGAUGCUAGCACUUCUUACAAUUCAGACACGGGAGCAUGGGAGGCAUCCAUCACAGGACUUGGUGGUCAGUGGGUGGCCCAAUUCCUCCAACUCCAGGAUGUCGACAACUUGAGCACCCUCGACAACGUAACAUAUGAUACGCUCAAGGAGUGGAUGAUUUAUGGCAUGCGAAAAUACGGAGACUCGCUGCAGACUACAGAGCCUGAUGUUAGUGCCUUUGCCAACGCCAGCGGCAAGGUGAUACACAUCCACGGAGAGCAAGACCCUUCUAUCCCUGCAGCGUCGUCAAUCCACUACUAUGAGUCCGUUCGCAACGUAAUGUUUCCAAACAUGACAUUCAAAGCCAGUACAGAGGCCAUGGACGAGUUUUACCGCCUCUACCUAGUCCCAGGCGGCGCUCACUGCGGUGUCAACAGUGCUCAGCCUGGGGGUGGUUGGCCUGCGACUACGCUACAAACUAUCAUUGAGUGGGUAGAAAAUGGUAUUGCGCCAACGACCCUGAGCAACACUGGUGCUACUACUCCAGAGCUCUGCAAAUGGCCUUUGCGACCGUUGUGGUCUAAUAACGGGACCACAUUCGAUUGUGUAUUUGAAGAGGCAUCUUACAGAAGCUGGAUUUACGAUUUCGAUGCUUACUCUACGCCUUUGUAUUGA